UAUUUCCUUGACAUACAUUGUGAAUAUUUUCAAAACUUUUUGCAAACAAAAACAAAGAUACACUAUGACUAAAAAUUAACAGUGUUGGUUUUCUGUGUGACGAUAAAAUUUAUAACUCUAUUAUAAGUGACGAAGCCAGCAAUCAUGGCGGAUACGCUAGAUCCACUAUCUCCGAGUAUCAACAGUCCUCGAGUGCCAGGUCUCAUGCACAAGCUCAGGAUGAGGUUUGGCAGAUCACCACCUCCAAGACCACCAGGAGAAGGAUAUGUGGAAUUUGGUGAGUUCAGAACGGAGGCACCAGGAGUCAUGAAAGUGGGCACAUUUGCUGGUGUCUUCUGUCCCGUUGUGCUGUCUAUGUUCAGUGCUCUGGUCUUCAUACGGAUGGGUUACCUGGUGGGCAAUGCAGGUCUGUUAGUGACAUUAGGUCAAUUUGCACUAGCAUAUCUUAUAGUCAUCUUUACGGUGACAUCUAUAUGCGCUAUAUCGACUAAUGGAGCGGUGGAAGGAGGAGGUGUUUAUUUUAUGAUAAGUAGGACAUUAGGUCCAGAAUUCGGUGGCGCGAUCGGGACACUAUUCUUCUUUGCCAACGUAGUGUCUAGUGCGCUUUGCAUAUCUGCUUGUACUGAAGCUUUGGUAGAGAAUUUUGGAGCCAAUGGAUACUUGGUUGGAUCGAGCGGUGGUUUGCCAACCAGUUGGUGGUUCAGCUUCCUAUAUCGGUCAGUGCUGAACGCGCUGGGUCUGGCGGUGUCACUUGCGGGCGCUUCGCUCUUUGCCCGCACCAGCCUCGCUAUCUGGCUAACUGUGCUCAUCUGUCUGGCUAGCGCGUUUAUCAGCUUCUUUGUUACCAGUCCCGGAAUGAUAGAAAGGCCGGACACCAACGAGCUGGUGAACACAACAUCGUUUCAUUACACCGGCCUGUCUAAAGAGACGUUGUAUAGCAACAUAUAUCCUUCUUACGGCCGCGACUACAGCACUAGUGCCGGUGAUCGUGUUGACUUCGCCUCAGUCUUCGGGGUGCUGUUUACUGGUGUUACUGGUGUCAUGGCGGGAGCUAAUAUGAGUGGCGAGCUGAAGCAGCCUUCCCGCAGCAUCCCAGCUGGCACACUAUGGGCAUUGCUGUUCACCGCACUCUGCUACGCCGCACUCACACUGCUCUCUGCUGCAACCUGCUCCAGAGAGUUGCUGCAGAAUAACUACGUAUAUUUACUACCAAUUAAUGUGUGGCCGCCAUUUAUUGCUGUCGGUAUGCUGCUGGCAACAUUUUCCGCUGGUCUUUCAAAUUUGAUUGGUGCAUCCAGAGUUUUAGAAGCUUUGGCCAAAGAUGACAUAUAUGGUUUUCUCCUCCGACCAAUGGUAUCACGUAGUGGCAACCCCGUGGUGGCAGUGAUGACGUCAUGGCUCCUAGUGCAAAUUGGCAUCAUGGCGGGAUCAUUGAAUGCUAUUGCUCAAGUAAACUCAGUAUUGUUCAUAACGAGUUAUUUCGCCAUUAACUUGGCCUGUCUCGGUCUGGAUCUAGCUUCGGCACCUAAUUUUAGACCAUCAUUCAAGUACUUCUCGUGGGUGUCAGCACUGCUGGGCAUGGUGGGCAGUGCUGGGCUGGUGUUUGCUCUGCGGCCGGCGUACGCAGCUGGAGCAGCCCUCGCCUGCACCGCGCUGGUGCUGGCUCUGCAUCUCCUCUCACCUGCAGCUGCUGAUCCCAAGUGGGGCAGUCUCAGCCAGGCGCUCAUAUUCCAUCAGGUGCGCAAGUACCUGUUGCUGCUGGAUCCGCGACGAGAGCAUGUCAAGUUCUGGAGACCUCAGAUGCUGCUGCUGGUCAGCUCUCCGCGUCACGCCGCACCUCUCAUAGACUUCGUUAAUGACCAGAAGAAGGGAGGUUUGUUUGUGAUCGGUCACGUGAGAGUUGGUGAACUGGAUGGCAGCGGAGACCCCCUGGCUGAGGAGCAUAAAUACUGGCUCAAGCUGAUCGACCACUUGAAGGUGAAAGCAUUUGUAGAGCUGUGCCUGUGUCGCAGCGUGCGGGAGGGCGCGGCGCAGCUGACGCGGCUGGCGGGGCUCGGCGCCAUGAAGCCCGACACUGUGCUGCUCGGCUUCAGAGAUGAUCAUCCGCACAGAGACUUCUUUAGAGAUCCCCAGUCACCGUACAAGACGUGUGAGUUUGAACUGGAGGGGGGCGAGCAGGUGUUCCAGUGGGGGGGAGCUCAGACGCGACCCUCAGCUGCGGAGUACGUACGUAUUGUACGAGAUGUGCUCUGCGUUGGCAAGAAUGUCUGUCUGUGUAGACAUUUCCAUAUGCUUGAUAUGGCGGCGGUGGAACGGAGAUCAGGUCACUUGAAGUACAUAGAUGUGUGGCUUGUGGAGCCGUGGCGUGCUUCAUGUGAGGACGCGUUCACUGUACGGGCGUUGUUCGCGUUACAACUUGCUGCUGUAGUGCGCUCGGCACGCGGCUGGCAACACUUGCGUCUGCGCGUACAUCAUGCACCCCCCACCACAGGUGUGAUGGUUGCAGAAGGUGGGGUGUCGUGGUGCGCGACUCCUGCAGCAGCCCCUGGUCUGCCAGCGCUGGCUGGUCCUGGACGUCCAGUACAUGAGCGGUUAGAGCAACUGCUCACAUUGCUCAGAAUUGACGCUUCUAUACAUUGUGCAUCAGAUUGGCCAGCACUGGAGGAGUCAGGUAGAUGGCAGGACAGUACUGAUGAGAACAGUGUACUCAACAGGAUACCUAUCACCUAUUUGCAAAAGGUGAACAGAGUAAUGGCGUCUCGUUGCGCUGAGGGCACGGCGGUGACAUUCAUACAGCUGCCAGCGCCGCCCGCACUGCCGCCGCAUCCCACCAGCGCUGAUGAACCCCUCUGCCAGCAAUAUCUCAAGGUAUUGGAUGAACUGACGAAGGAUCUCUCUCCGACUAUACUUGUAAGAGGACUCAAAUCUGUCACAUCGACUACCUUAUAGAUAAUAAGUUUAUAAACAAAUUGUCAAUUACUUCACGUUUCCACUGUUGAUAUACAUGUUUGAAAACAUAUUGUUGUCCAUUUCAUAUUGUUUGAAGAAAA